AUGCAAAAAGACAUACAAUUAACGUUUCUACAGGAGAAGGAGAACACCCGAUGGCUGAGUGCGGGAAAGGCAGCCAGACACCGGCACUCGAUCUUCACAGAUGUCGAACGCCGAGACAUGACCCUUCAGACUGUCUCCUCUGUACCAGGUCAGAGCCCCGACCAGGCAAUAAUUGAUUUGGAGAAGUUGGAAUCGGAUAUCACUUGCUCAAACCCAUCUUCACUAUUUCGGGGACCUUUUGGUGCUUUCAGAUGGCCACAACCACCACCGCCUGGCCGACUGUCUUCCUUUACAGACGAGCCGCCAGCUUCCUCCCCCAACUGGCUCCAAGAGCUUGAGGAGUUGCCAGGAGAGGAAGAUUUCCCGUUCAAUAAAGAUGCCAUAGAUGCUCUGAAUGAAGAUCACGGUAACGGAUCAAUGCUGGAAGAGCAGAAUCUACAGCCACUUCAAAAUAUUGAAGCACGUUUUUAUGAGCCGAGUCUACAAUCAGAGCUCAGUCCCUUCCCGUUCGUGGGAAAUAUCGAGGGCUGGAGUCUCUUAUCUCAUUACAAGGAUCGAAUCGUCCCAUUGAUAUCUCCUUUACGCCAUGGGCCGGAGAACCCUUGGGUGAGCUUGGUAAUCCCAUGCGCAAUGAGAACUUUGGCAGACAUGAUGCUGAAUGGGUCUUCCAAUCAUGCACGGCUUACACUAUUGAAUGCCGUAUGGAGCGCAAGCGCCUUUCAUUUGGCAAAUAAUUCAGUGGCCCACCUUGCGCAAUGGACAAUCUCCGGAGAUCUCUACUUGACACGGGCUCAAUAUCACUUCCGACGAUGCAUGGAGGAAAGCUGUAUCUCAGCUACCAAGAUGUGUAAAUACAAGGAGAUUCUCAUGGCAAUACAGAGUCUUUCGAAUGCCUUUAUGAUCAAAGGAGACCCAGACAUGCGACGCGCCUAUCUCGUCCAAACGGAGAAAUUCAUCUGUGUUAAGGGACUCAGCCAACCGGGGCUGUCAGCCAACAAAAGAGCACUGCACCACUGUUAUGCUUAUAUGCGCAUCAUGGCCGAGACAACAUGCAUUGCUGAUAGGCCGAGCAUCGAUCUGACCGGGUCAGGGUGCACUUUGAACGCCAGCGCAAUAUAUGGAGGAGACUUCCGUCUCUACCCCGGUCUAGUCUUUUCGACAACCACAAUGAGCAUGGAAAAGGAUCCAGAGAUGGCCCAGCGUGACCUCCACCUUGCGAUACCCGGGCGAUGGAGCUCAACGUUGUUUCCCACACUGUACGGAAUCGAUGAAAUAUUUCUGAUGUUAUUGUCGCAAGUGAUUCGGCUGGCCAAUGAGCGAGAUUUCUCAAUGAUGUCGGAUGCGGCAGAAAGUCGGCUCAGUCUCAGAGAAUUUUGGACUCGAGCAAAGGGUCUCGAAAAAGCUAUCGAUCAUUUGCUAUCCACCGCAAAUCCAAAUUGUGUUCGAUCUUUUGACGGAGCCCUACCAUUGAUCACGACUGCAACAGCUCAAGCGAUGUAUAUGGCAUUGUCAAUUUUCUUCCAUCGGCGAAUAUACGAAAUUGAUCCUGCAAUGCUUCAGGCCAAUGUUAGUGCAAUUCGGGGCCACCUAAUCGAAAUCCAACAAGAGGAAAGCGUCCAGGGGGAAAGUGUCAAUGCUGCACUCAUAUGGCCGGUCUUUAUCACUGCAUGCGAGGCUGUUCACCCAGAGUUGCAAGUUUUCUUCUCUUCGUGGUUUGAUAAUUGCGCCAAGUCGACAGCCUUGAUUCAUGCAUCGGUGGCGCAACAGAUCAUUGAGACAAUAUGGACCAAACGGCAUGAUGUGAGCUUGUGUGGAGGGAUAUAUAGCUGGCCAGAUAUUUUGCGAGAUGGGUGUAUCAAGUUUAUGUGCGUAUAA